AUGAACAAUUUAAUUGAAUGUCCAAUUUGUGGACAAAUGAUUCCGCAAAACCAAAUUGAACAACAUGCCAAUCUAUGUCUUGAUGCAAUGAACGAAGGAAGAAGUCCUCCAAUAGUUAUAUUAACUGAUGAAAUUAAUUCAUUAAAUAAUGACAGUAGUGAACUUCCAAUAAGUUCAUCACAUUCAACCUAUUCUUCUUCCAAUUUAAAUAGUCCAGAUGGAAGUCAAAGAAGAGAAAAUCCAAAAGAGUUAAAUAAUACCAAUCAAAACUAUAAUAACUUAGCUGAUUUAUUAAAUUCAAUAACAACAACAGACAAUAUUGAAACAAAAGAAAUACCAGAAGAAAUAGAAAAUAAUAAACGUAAUUCUCAAAAUAAUUCAAAUGAAUUAAUUUCAUCUCCUCCAAUUGAAGAACAUAUUGUUAAUAUUCAAAAACCAGUUGAUGUAACAAUUAAUAUUAAUGAAUUAUCAUCAACUGGUAUUUAUCAAAUGAUACAAAAAAAACAUUUUAAUACUUCAUGUAAAGAUUUUAAAGAAGACAAUCAAAAGAACUUUAAAGAACAACAAAAACUAAUAGAAUUACCAAUUGAAUUAGAAAAUCCAGUUGAUCCGUUAAUUUAUAUGGCUAACCAACAACAAAAAACAAAAAAAGAUAUUCAUUCAGAAGAUAUUCCUAUUGGUUGGGAAUUAAAAGGAAAUAUUUAUAAAGAAAUAAUGGAAAAUGACAAUAGAUAUUUUGAUACUAUACUUUAUUUUCCAAAUGAACCAGGAAAAUAUAUUCGUGCACAUUCAUUCAUUCUUGCCGCACGUUCUCCAUUAUUUCAAAUAGAACUUGAAGGAAUGACAAGAAUAGAAGGAAUGUUUUUGUAUGAAGUAAAACAAUAUAAAUAUGAUGAUUUUCUUUAUUUUAUUAAAGUAUUAUACGGAGUAUCUCCAAGAAUUACUGUUACAAAUGACAAUAAACAAUUAAAAGAUAUUGAUGGAAUGUAUAGUCCAUCUUCAGAAAAUAUUAUUAAUGAUAUUUUAAAUUUACAAAAUUCAAAAUUCUUUGAUGGAUAUUUCAUUAUAACAAAAGAAGGAAAUGAAGUAGAACGAAUUGGAUUUAGCAGAAUUUUAUUUUAUCUCUUUUCAGAUUAUUUUAAAGAGUUAUUUGAUAAAAAACAAAUAAAUUAUAUCAAUGAUGGAAUUAAAAGAAAUUUAUCAUCAAUUUCUUCUUUGGGACUUGAUGUCGCUCAAAUUACACCAACAGGAGAUUUUCAACCAUUUAUUUUUAAAAUUAAAGGAGAUAAUGAAGAAAUUUGUUAUAUUCAUCAAGCAAUAACAGAAUUUAUUAAAUGUAUUUAUCUUAAUAAAAAUUAUUCAUUAGAAGAAGAUAAAAUUGAUGAAAUAACAAUACAAAGAGUUAUUCCAAUUUUACUUCAUUUUGGUUCUUUAUUUAAACAAAAUUUAUUAGUUUUUAAUUGUGAAAGAAUUCUUGGACAUAAUCUUAUUAUCAAACCAACAAAUUGUAAUGCAUUAUUUUAUUCAAUGAGAGCAUCAAGUGAUCGUUUUAAACAAUUCCUUAUUAAUGGGUUAUUAGAAACAUUACCUGGAUUUACACAAAUUGAUGUUAUUGAACAAUGGAGAAAAGAAAUUGUUGACAUGAUAUAUGAAUUAACUAAAGAACUUACUGGAUAUGUUUUUAUUAAAGAAGAAAAUGAUAAAUUACCAUUAGAAACAACUUGUAUUAAUCUAAGAGAUAUUCAAAAACUUGCUUCUAUUGCAAUGGUUUCUUUUGUCAAUCAAAAUAGUGAUAAAAGUUUAUUAAUUAGUCAAUUAUGUAGUAAUAAAUUUUCUAUAUUAACAAAUAGAAAAGAUGUUAUUGAGUUUUUAUGUUACAAAGGUUUUAGAGAUAUAUUACCCGUAUUAAUGGCAUGUUUUGUUGGUUCAAUGAAAAAAAUUAAAGUUCAAGAGUUAUUAAAAGUAAUUGUACAUGAUAUUAUAGUUACAAUAUGUCAUUCAUUCUCUACAUUAUCAACACUCCGUGGAUAUAUCCCAAUCACAGAAAAAUUUUUUGAUAUU